AUGUUGUCGCACUCCUCGUACGGCGCGGCCCUCGCGCUCCUGGCGUCGAUUCUCUCGACUCCCGUCGCUGCCCAAUUGAGCACCAAGUGCGAUCCUAUGAACGCGACCUGCCCGGCCGAUGCAGCCUUCGGCACAAGUCACCUGUUCAACUUCAACGACACACAGCCAGACGGUACGUGGAACACCACGGCCGGCACUGUCAACUACGACGCCGAAACGGGCGCUGCCUUUACCAUCAGCGAAAAGGGCGACUCGCCCACUCUGAUCUCCAACUUCUACUUUUUCUGGGGCAGGACAGAGGUAUGGUUGAAGGCCGCACCCGGUCAAGGCAUCAUCAGCUCCAUUGUCUGGUCCUCCGACGUGCUCGAUGAGGUCGACUGGGAGUUCCUGGGCGGCAACACGACACACGCAUCUUCGAACUACUUCGGCAAAGGAUUGCAGGAUUUCCACAAUGCCGGCUAUCACUUGGUCAACGGCAGUACGCAGGGUGACUACCACAACUACACCUCGGUCUGGACUGCAGAUAAACUCGAGUGGCACAUCGAUGGCGCACUAGUGCGCACGCUCUUACCAGCGGAGGCUAAUAAUACCUAUACCUAUCCCCAGACGCCGAUGAAGCUGAGUCUCGGUAUCUGGGCCGGAGGUGAUUCCGACCAGCCCAAAGGAACGAUCGAAUGGGCUGGAGGACUCACCGACUAUGACAAGGGACCGUACACCAUGUACAUCAAGAGUGCUGCAGUCCAGGACUACUCGACCGGCAAAGAGUACACGUACAGUGAUAUGUCGGGAUCCUCUGACAGCAUCAAGAUUACAACCGGCAAUUCGACGGCGGUUGAAAACAUCAACAAGCAACCAGAGAAGUCUCUCUCGGAAAAGUGGGAUGAGCUGCCAUCGAGUACGAAGUCUGGAAUCUAUGCGGCCGCUGGUGGCGUGGGAGCUAUAGCUUUUAUCGCACUCGCCUUCUACUACUUCAAGCAGAGAAGAAGUGGCCAGAAGGAAGCUGCCCUGGCUGCGGCAAGAAUGCAGGAGGAACGCGUGGAGCUCGAGAGAUUCCAGAAGGAAGGACGGAACCCCGACAACCUUGGUUUCGACGGUACAGAAUAUGGCGGCGCCAUGAACAAGGGCGGCAUGUAUGGCGUGAGUUCGUAUUACGCAGUGCCCGAUUCGCCUCCAGGAAGUUCCGCAGGUCCGCCCGAGAAAGCAUGGGAUCCGACCAGUGCCGCGGUGGCUCCGGGCAUGCCGCUUCUUCGUAACAACAGCUUUGGGUCCCAGCAUCCGCAAAGUCCCGGUUUGCCUCCAUCGUUUCCGCUGCCACAAUCGCCAGUUGACCGAGGUCACUCAACGUCCAGCGCGUCGAAUCGGAUGGGUUCCCCGGGACCUACGUCUCCGCCAGGCCGCGGCCCGGCGUCACCAGUGGGUUACAACAGUAACUACAGAUGA